AUGCCAAGGGGCGUACAUCCUCCCAUCCCACAGAUGGACUUUGCAUCGGCAAGUCAGCAGGCUGGCCCGAGACCACGGAAACGAGCACGAACGGCUGUCGCUUGUCGACGUUGCAAGGCGAGGAAGCAGAAAUGCGACGGUGGCCAUCCUGCGUGCCAUAAUUGUUUCACAUCCGACAGUCCUUGCGAGUACAACCUUACUCCUGCCCUAAGCCGAAACCAAGAGCAGUAUCUACGAGCACGGAAGAGGGUGGAGGAGCUCGAAGGUAUCCUUGGUCGGUUGGGUGAAGCCUACGAUCAUGGAGCUGCCAACUCAGUGUCUCCGGAGCCCGCAGAAGCCACUGCUGCAGCUACUGCGCCUACAUCAGCAGCUUCUGCAACUCCAGACGAGGGAAUGCAAGACUCCAGUGUAGCAGAUGGGGUGCAGAAUCCUCGCAUGGCACGUGAUAGCUCGUCCCAGCCCAGCUUCGUUGAUGUGUUAAGGCAUCUGUCUUUGCAAGCAACAGGGGGUUACGUUGACGCCGCGUCGACCGCCACCUUUGGACGCAUGCUACAGGCAGUUGUUGCGCCCAAGGGCGAGGACGCUGCUCGUGGAUGCCUUCUGGAGCAGAAUCUAAGCCCGAAGUCUUUGGACGUCUUAGCACAUCCGACAGGACCAAACAGGAUCACGCUGUCUGGCAUUCCUGAUGUGGUCGCCAACCGCAUGCUCGAGAAGGGCUACUUCGGGUACAUCUCAACGCUAUGGCCUAUCAUGCAGCCAGAUGUGCUGAGGAAUCUUCACGAACGAAGGGCUAGCCUUGAAGACCGAUUUGAGGUGACCGCCUUGCAUCUUGUCUACGCCGCCGCAGGCCGAUUUCUCGAGACGACCGGUGAAACUGGCUCAUUUCGAUCCGAGCAACACUACCAAGCAGCGGCGGCAUUGAUACCAGAGAUAUUGACCCUGCAGGAUGUCAGAAGCGUGCAGAUUCUCGCACUAUUUGCCAUAUAUAGCCUACGAGCGCCAAAAGGACCCGGAGCAUGGUCUUUCGUUGGCAUGGCAAUGAGAAUGUGUAUUGAGCUGGGACUGCAUCGCAAGCUCAAGGACACAUCUUGUGCGGUAUCAAAGGACAAAGAGCUUCGGCGGAGGGUGUUCUGGAGCUGUUAUUGCCUUGACCGGCAAGUCUCGAUCAUCCUAGGCCGUCCUUUUGCAGUCUCUGACCAUGACGUCGACCAACUUUUGCCUGCUGGAGUGCACGAAGAUGACGACUCGGGAGAGUCAAUGGCUUGCUUCGUCCAUAUAUGUCGCCUGCGCAUAAUCGAGUCGCACAUUCAGCAGACAGUGUAUCGCGUCGAUCAGCCGCUCUACUCGAAUUCGGCAGUGCUUGGUCUCUCCAACUUUGUUGAGCAGCUCGAACAGUGGAAGAUGGGCAUCCCUUCAACCAGCGAUCAAGCUCCUUCGAGCCCUUCGAUCAAUCACCACGAUUCAUAUCUCAUCUACUACUACCAAGCUGUACGGUUCCUACUGCACCCCCACAUCUCCUCACCUUGUGCGCAGGAUCAGUACAUCCGCAGAGCUGUCGAUGCUUGUGGUGGAUUGUGCUCAACGUACAAACGCUUGCACCAGAACGUGACGGUUGGCUUCUCCUUGAUGGCGCUGCAUUCCGUCUUCUUCGCGGGGCUGACUAUGCUGUACUGCGCCUGGAAGUCGCCAUCGCUCGUCCUUACAAACUCCACUCGGAACAACAUCAACGACUGCAGCAUAGUACUCUACAUCAUCACCGAGCGAUGGCCGGGCGCGAAGAGGUACCGAGAUCUCUUCGAAUCUAUCAAGGACCCGGUACUUCACACAAUCGAACAACAUGACAAUCAGCCACAGAUGGCUGUCGAAGAACUGCGACCAGAUUUGUUCGGCGCCUUGCGCUCCAUGUAUCCCGCAGAAAGCGGACAGGAUGAAUUCUCCGCAAUGCUCAGAGAGAUGACAGGAUCGGGAGGCGCUGGCGGAACCGCAACAUCGCCACAGACGCAACAGCAGCAGCAAUACGACAGUUAUUUCUCUACAAACGACCUCUCGGUUCAACCAGGGCUCGCCUUCGACUUCUCCCUGCCAUUGGAUCCAAACACUCUAACGCCUUACCAGUCUUAUCCAUCCUUCAAUGCUCCGAUGCAGCAAUGGCUUCCGGGUACAGACACAAAUGCCGACCCCUGGAACGUUGAAUCAAGGCUGUCGCACUCAAUAUAA